ACAAUGCAGGUACAAUCUGCCUUAAAAGGCAAUAUCUGGAUGAUUGGCAGCUGAGUUGAACGCGCAAGCGGCUAUAAAUUUUGAACCUCACUCCCUAAGCUCAGAGUGACUAGGUCUCUGAGAAAAGGGGAACUUAACUGGAUUUCUCUUUUAGCGCCACAGAGAGAAGACAACCCAACAUGGGCGUUCUCACUGUCAUCUUCCUUGGAUGUGCGGCACUUCUUUCUGCUUCCAGUUCAGCUGACAGUAACCAGACACAGACAGAAGCGGUCGACCAGGAGAACAGUCUUCUUCGGAUCCUUGCAGCUGCAGUUGAUAACAAGAAGGACCAAAAAGACGUUCCUGAAAGAGUGGAGGACAUCAACUGUAUCGCUCUGACCAAUACAGGAAAAGGAGAAGAUGCUCUUGAUAUCCCCGAACAAUCUGAUGACGGACUGACCAAAAAGCAAGGCUGUGAAGGCCAUCAGAAAGAAGAGCAGUGGGGGUCAUCUGAUCAUGACAACUGCAUCUGUCAAGCGCCAGACCGUCUCUGCUAUCAUGUUGACUGUCUUCCUGGUUCUGAGAUUGUCCGUGACUCCGAUGGUAUCUGGAGCUGUGAUGUUACUUCCUACAAACGAGACAUUACAGGAUCAGCGGUUGCGAUGCAUGAGAGAAUAAAGCGGUUUACGGGACUCGAAAUAUUCGGCCUCGCUACAGGCAUUUUCGGCGUUGUGGCAAGCAUAAUCGGAUUCACUGUCGACCGCAUUGAGUCUGCACAAACAACUGCACAGCUUAACGAAAUACAAGAUCAGAUCCGGGAGCUGGACAGGAAGGUGGACGAGUUGACACAAAUGGUCAGCGAUCUGCAGCUUGGACAGGAGUACCUUCGGCAAGCCAUCCUGUACGCAAGAGACGAACUACGACUGAGGAACAUUAUGGAGACACAUGCUGCAAUGCAAAUCAGAGAUGGACAGUACGUGCUACCCGGCCACAACAUUCAAGAUUGGGCAGACAGUGUCCUCAGUCACGGUUCGGAUGGAGUAGAUCAGAUAGAGAAUCAGGCUGCGCCCAUCUCCGAUUUUGUAGCCCAGGGCCACACAUCUUUGGACAAUCACUACAGCAGGGAGCUCGUCCACUGGUAG